UUUAUCCAGUUUACAAGCGCUAGCUUGGACCCCUCAGACGCAGUAAUUACGCAGAUUAGAAGUCAAACUAUUAAAAAACUUUUUCAAGGCCGAAUUAUCAAAGUAAUAAUGUGGUCUGUAAUCCUUCUGAUAUUUGGAGUUCACCAAGUCUUUGCUGAGCUCCACACUCUUCAGUAUUUCUAUACUGGUACCACAGGUUUACCUGAUUUCCCCCAGUUUGUUGCCGUUGGCAUUGUAGAUGGAAAGGAAAUUGACUACUAUGAUAGCAUCAUUGGGAAGAAUGUUCUGAAACAAGCUUGGAUGGAGGGGAAGCGAGAUGAAAACAGAUACACAGAGAUCAGGAGAGGUCAUCAGGAAUCUUUUGCAAACAACAUUAAGAUUGUUAUGGAACGCUUUAAUCAGACAGUCGGUGUUCACACCUUUCAGUUCAUGUACGGCUGUGAGCUGGUGGAUGAUAGUACCACUGGAGGAUACUUGCAGUACGGUUAUGAUGGAGAAGACUUCCUCAGCUUUGAUAAGAAGACACUCACCUGGACUGCUGCUAAUUCUCAAGCUGCCAUCACUAAAAACAAAUGGGAUGCUGACAGAGCUAAUAAUGAAUACAGGAAAGCAUAUCUGGAGAAAGAAUGCAUUGAGUGGCUGAGGAAGUAUGUGAGCUACGGCAAGAACACUCUGGAGAGAAAAGCUGCACCUCAGGUUUCUCUGCUGCAGAAGGACUCCUCGUCUCCAGUUAUCUGUCAUGCUACAGGUUUCUACCCCAGCAACAUCAUGAUGACCUGGAAGAAAAACCAAGAUGAUCAUAAUGAGGAUGUGGAGGUCAGUUCAACUUUACCAAACGCAGAUGGAUCAUUCCAGAAGAGCAUCAGUCUCUCAGUGAAGCCUGAGGAGUGGAAGAAGAAUCCAGAUGUCUACAGAUGUGUGGUUCAACAUGUGGGAGCAGAGAAAGAGAUUGUUGUCCUGCUGAAUGAAAAGAACAUCAAGUCAAACUCAGCUUCUAACAACAUCAUUGCUAUUGUUGUGGGAUGUGUUGUGGCUUUGGCUGUUCUUGCUGCUAUAAUUGGACUCAUUGUGUGGAAGAAAUCUAAUGGCUAUGGAAAAGCAAGCACCAAUGACAGUGAUUCUGAAAAUUCUGGUCAACCACUGCCAAAAGCAUAAAUUGCUGUGAAAGCUGCAUGUGAGGCCUUUCAUAGUGGAUGUAUGGAAAUAUGGAUGCAUUGGCAAAAAGGAGCUGUAGAAAGGAGAUGGAUUUAUAAGUAAAAUGUUUUGACAGCAGUAAAUCUUUCAUGAAUUUAUUCAAGAGGUUUUUGGUUUAUGCACUUUUUUCUCUUGAUGUCUUAUUGAUUUAACAGCAUAACCAAAUUCUGAGGACCAGUUUCACAGACAAGGCUUAAGCCUAGUUCCAGACUAAAAAGCAUAUCUGAGCUGUUGAAGUAAAUUAAAUAAUAAUUGAAAAUAACUUGCACUGACAUAACUUAAUAUAUAUCAGUGCCAUUGUUUUGUCUUCAGAAACACAAAACAGUAAUGUUUUUGUCUAAAUCACAAUCUACUUAAUUUUCCUAAUUUUCCUAAGGCUUAAUCCAGGCUUCAUUUAAGGCCUGGUUGUGAAACUGAAUGGUAAUUAUUGAAAUACUUUAUUUUAUUUCUUAAAAUGCUUAUUGUAUAGCUAAAUGAUAGCUCAGGAUAUAAUGAAAGCUAUAUAAUAAAUGUGGUAGUAGUUUAAAGUGUAUGUUAAUUUCGAAAAAAUAUUUGGUUUCUUAAAUCUUAACAAAAUGCAAACAUCACUGGCAAUUUUUUGUUAAACCACAUUUUUACUCUUUUUUUACUUUCAUAAAUGUGAUGUAUUUUAAUAACUUUCUUCAUUGUAUAGCUCUAGUUUAUUGUUUUAGUUUGUGAUGGGAUGAAGUUGAUUUGUGAAAUUUUGGUAAAUUUUAUGUAUAGCUUAAUUUUCAUGUUAUUUAACCUACUGAUAUGAUUUUUAAGGGUAAAAGUAAAGAUCUUCUUAAGUGAAUAUUUAUGUUAAAAUUCAAGAGAAUGUUGGGAAAAACUGUUAAAUCUAAAUUAAAUAAAUAAAAAUUCUUCUCUGUC